AUGAAAAAUGGAUGGACAAAAAUCCAGCCACUUCAGCCUCAUGGUGUUGGAAGAGUAUUCAUAGUGCAGCCUCAUUUCUAUUUGAUGGUCUUUGGAAAAGAAUUGGAGAUGUUGGAAUGGGUAAAUGAGCUGAUAGAGGAAGGGAAAUGGAAAAAUGAACUGCUUCUCAAGUGGUUUAGUACAAAAGAUGCCGAGCUCAUAAAAGGAAUUCCAAUAAGUACAGGAAGAAGAAAGGAUAGGUUGGUAUGGAGGCAUUCCAAAUCUGGAAUUUAUAGCGUCAAAUCUGGUUAUGCUGUAGCAAGGCAACAGGAAGGAAAAACAGGUAGAAGGACAGGCCAAGAUGCAGAAACAAGUUGGGAGAUACGAAAACGAAAUGUGUGGAAGAAGUUAUGGCACUUGAAGGUGAAGGCCAAACUAAAACACUUCAUGUGGAAGUGUUUACAAAAUUGUCUGCCAGUCAAUGAACAGCUGUCGAAAAGGCUACGCAGAGGUGAAGGUAGAUGUGGUUGCUGUGGUGAAGACAUGGAAACAAUUGAGCAUUUGUUCUUCUUCUAUGACAAGGCUGUGGCAUUAUGGAAGCUAGCACCAGUCAGGUGGGACGGAUUAAUGGGUAUGCAACAUAACUUUUGGCUAUGGUGGGAACAAGUCACACAAUCGCUGGCACUGAAUCAAGGUCAGGAGAGAGUAAGUCUAACUAUUAAUAUCCUUUGGCAAAUCUGGAAAGCCAGGAACAAAAAAUUUUUUGAACAAGUCAACCAGGAUCCAGUAAGAAUCGUAAGGAAAGCGCAAGAUGAAUGGCUUGAGUUUGAACAGGAAAGGAAGACAGACCAAAUGGAGAGUACAGGGAAGCUGAACGAUGCCUUACCUACCAGCAGGAUGCGGACAAGGAAGGAAGAGAUAAGGUUGUAUACUAAUGCAACUAUAUCAGCUAAACGAGUCAGGACUGGACAAGGGAUUAUAGCAAGGAAUUGGAAAGGACAGCUUUUGAAAGCAAAAAGAAUUGUCACACAGGGAAAGGGAUCGGCAAGUGAAGUGGAAGCUCGGGCAGUGACAAAUGCUCUACUGAUGGCUACCCAAGCAGGUUGGACAAAAAUUAUAGUCCAUACAGACUGCAAAUCAGUGAUUGAGCAGAUUACUAAAUGCAAGGAGUAUAACUACAUGACUGCAACUAUCUUAGAAGAUGUGCAGGAACUUAGUCUAGCUUUUGAAAGAUGUUCUUUUGUGUUUAUACCUAGAACUGAAAAUCAAAUCAGCCAUGAAUUAGCGCAAUAUGCUGUGAAGCUUGUACAUGAUAUUGAAUGGGAGAAUGAUUUCCCAAUAUGGCUGGCUGACUUAGCUAGGACGGAUAUGAGGGUAGUAUCCCAUUUUUGUAACUAA